AUGAAUGUAGAGGAAGGGGGCAUACCGGGCAUAGGGCGCCCAAGUCAGGCCCGAUGGGUGCUUAUGCUCCUCUUGUCCACAACCAUGUAUGGUGCCCAUGCCCCACUGCUGGCCUUAUGUCGAAUAGAUGGCCAUGUCCCCUUCCGCCCGUCUUCAGCUGUGCUUUGGACCGAACUGACCAAAUUACUGCUAUCAGCAUUCUCUUUGAUGGCCAGGAGGCAGCCAAGACUGUGGGACACUCUGCCUUGGCGCCAGGCUGCCCCUUUUGCACUAUCUGCACUGCUCUAUGGUGCCAACAACAACCUUGUUAUUCACCUGCAGCGGUACAUGGACCCAAGCACCUACCAAGUGAUGAGCAACCUCAAGAUUGGCAGUACAGCUCUCCUUUACUGUCUCUGCCUGAAUCGCCGUCUUUCUGCCAGGCAGGGGCUGGCACUGCUGCUACUGACUGGUGCUGGAGCCUGCUAUGCUGCUGCAGGCCUCCAGGAUCCACAGGGCCAUCUCCCACCACCCCCAGCAGCAUCCAUGCCCCUCCAUGUGACUCCCCUGGGUCUGCUGCUACUCUUGCUCUACUGCCUCAUCUCUGGCCUCUCCUCAGUCUACACUGAGCUGCUUAUGAAGAGGCAGCAUCUGCCCUUGGCUUUGCAGAACCUGUUCUUGUACUCCUUUGGGGUACUUAUGAAUUUAGGGCUCUAUGUGGGAGGUGGGCCAGGCCCUGGGCUCCUAGAGGGUUUCUCAGCCUGGGCAGGGCUGGUAGUUCUGAGCCAGGCCCUUAAUGGAUUGCUCAUGUCGGCCAUCAUGAAGCAUGGAAGCAGUAUCACCCGUCUCUUUGUCGUCUCCUCUUCACUGAUUGUCAAUGCUGUGCUCUCAGCCACCCUGCUUCACCUCCAGCUCACGGCUGCCUUCUUCUUGGCCCUCCUGCUUAUUGGUCUGGCUGUACAUCUCUACUAUGGAGGCCGGUAG